UUCGUUUACUGUUUAGCCGGCUUGGCGGGCUGUAUGUCAUAUGCAUAAUAUUAUACAAUACUGUUUAGUGUUUACUUUAGACAUUGGUUAGCUGUAUAGUUGUUGUGUGCUCUUCUGUUCUGUGACGGAUUUCCAGUUUCCAAUUGCUAUUUUUAUAACUUGGUUGUUUCAUGUUCAUCUCUAAGUUCAUUCUUCAAUUUUAAUUUUAAUUAUCACCGAUUACCUACCAAUCUAAUAUUGUGAUUUGUGUUACACUGUUCGUCGACUAUCGACUAUCGAGUCUUGCAUUACCCUUAUUGUUCGACAAUACGCGUACCUCGUGUUUUAGAGAUUCACUGCGAAAUCUAAAAGAUUACAUUUUUACGUAAAUAAUAUUAUCGUUUUUUUUUCUUAAGUAUCUGUGAUUUAUUAAAUUAUAUACGACAUGGCUUCCGAAAUUACAAAAAAUGGUGAUGAUCAAAUGUCGAAAGACGAACGCAAGGUUUAUGACCGACAAAUACGCCUAUGGGGUUACGAUGGACAAAACAAAUUAAGAGCAUCAAAAGUACUUUUAAUCGGAAUGCAAGGCUUAGGCGCAGAGAUAGCUAAAAAUUUGAUAUUGAUUGGUGUGAAUUCUAUUACAUUGAAAGAUCAUACAGAAGUGUCAAUAUUAGACCAUUGUUCGCAGUUCCUUAUCCCACGCGAUAGCCAAGAACGUAAUCGUGCUAAAGCAAGUAUGAGUGCUGCUCAAAAGCUAAACCCAAAUGUGAAAGUCAUUGUAGAUACAACGCCUAUUGAACAAAAUGUUGAUAGUUUUGUUACCUCAUUUGAUGUUGUCAUAGCCACUGAAUGUUCUCCAAAUACUUAUAAAAGAUUGAGUGACAAUUGUAGAAAAGCUAAAGUAAAAUUAUUCAUAGCUGAUGUUUACGGUUUAUUUGGAUACUUUUACCAGGACAUUAAUUUUGAACAUUCUUUGUAUGGCGAGGUGUUUCCAAACAUUGAUCAAAGCAAUAUUGUUCCUAUUCCUAAAAAUGUACCGCAGCUAUAUUUUUUGACUUCAGCUUUAUUAAAAUUUCAAUCUGAAUCUAAUCGUAAACCGAAUCCUGAUACUUGCGAAGAAGACAUUGAAGAAUUGAAAUUACUUAUCAACUUAUCUCCUGAUCAAACUAAUAUUGAUAAUAGUCUAUUUGAUGAAUACUAUGGUGAAUUAUUUUGCGAGUUGAGUCCAGCGACUUCUAUUGUUGGUGCUAUGGUAUCCCAGACUGCUAUAAAUACUGUAAUGGGUAUGCCUAUUGAAAAGUUAAAUGUGUUUUUUUUUGAUCACAUUAAACAUGAAGGAAAAUUCCAUUUGUUAUAAAAAUAAGAAGACUGUCCUUGAAUUUAAAUAAAUAAUAUUAAUCAAAUACUACUUUUAAAUCAAGAUUUAAUUAAAAAUUCAAGUUUUAAGUUAUUUAAUUUUUUGUGUGUAAUAAGUGAUUUUCGGUUUCAUUAAAAAUUUUUAACUUUCACAAUUUAUUAUUAUUUUUUUUUUUUAAUUAACUAAUAAAAUUUAUUCAAAACUCA